CGAGGGGGUCUCCUCCUGUCCCGCUGACUGCGAGGGAUCGUCCGUCCCUGGCCGGUGUGUGAGCUGUCCGAGCGUGGGGAGAAAAUGGUGUUGCUCCCCCAGUCGUGCAAGGAAGGGGAAGUGUUUCCUUUGGCUUGCCCCAACUCUCAACAUGCAUGGUGCCAGAUCCUCAAUGUAUCGGAGCUACAAGCUUCUUUCUUUGCCUAUUCAGGGAGAUACCCCAACGAAACAGUGCUGAAUGUUUCCACUCCUCAAGGAAGCAAAUACAGCUUAUACCUAGGUGUCGCAUUGGCCAUCGGCUCCAGUAUCUUUGUGGGUUCCAGCUUUAUACUGAAGAAGAAGGGCCUUUUGCAAAUGGCUGCAAAAGGUUUCACUAGAGCUGGAGAGGGGGGCUAUUCUUACCUCAAAGAAUGGUUAUGGUGGGCCGGAUUGCUUUCCCUGGGAAUAGGAGAAGCUGCCAACUUUGCUGCAUAUGCCUUUGCCCCGGCAACUUUGGUCACUCCAUUGGGGGCACUAAGCGUCCUUAUAAGUGCGAUAUUGUCUUCCUAUUUCCUGGAUGAAAAGCUCAACAUUCAUGGAAAGCUGGGCUGUGUCUUAAGCAUUCUGGGUUCCACCGUGAUGGUGAUCCAUGCUCCUGAAGAGGAACAAAUCACAUCAUUGGAUGACAUGGAAAUAAAACUGAAAGAUCCAGUCUUCAUUGUGUUCGCUGCUGUUAUAAUUCUGACCGCGCUGGUCCUUAUUUUUGUCGUCGCUCCACGGUUUGGACAGACCAAUAUAUUGGUCUACAUCUCCAUCUGUUCCCUGAUAGGGGCUUUUUCAGUCUCCUCCGUCAAAGGCCUGGGUAUCGCUAUUAAGGACAUGCUUUAUCAGAAGCCAGUCUUCCGAAAUCCGCUGCUCUACGUUUUAGCCCUAGUAUUGGUACUGGCCGUCAGUACUCAAAUCAACUACCUCAACAAGUCACUGGAUGUGUUUAACACGUCUAUGGUCACUCCCAUUUAUUAUGUGUGCUUCACAACCACCGUGGUGAUCUGCUCCGUUAUCCUCUUCAAAGAAUGGAACAGCAUGGAGCUUGGCGAUAUCAUUGGAACCCUAAGUGGAUUCUUCACCAUAAUCAUUGGCAUUUUCUUCCUUCACGCUUUCAAAAAUGUCAGCAUUACCUGGAACCAGUUGGCGGCUUCCGUUAAAAAAGACCCCAGCUUGCCUCUGCAUGCUUACGAGUCUCAUCACACUUUAUUAGAAAAUAUGGACGCGCCCGUUUCGAUAUGCGACGAGGAUAAUACUCUGUUCAGCCGCGGAAAUGAACGACAGUAACCACCGUUGAAGCCAUUUCUCACGGCUUACCGCCCACCAGAGGAAUAUCGUUAUCUUCACUGUCCCAGAAUUUGGAGGAACAGAACGGAGGACGUGCCCUUUGUUUUUGGGUUAGAGAAGGAAAUUUGGGUGUUUCUGUAUUUGCUACUUUUGACAGCCUGCAAAAGUCACUGACGGCAGUAAUGCUGUUUUAAGCGAUGACUGUGGUUGCUACUAAAAUGAAUUACAUAUGUAAAUGCAUUUUCUAAAUCGUAUUUUAUAGUUUCACUGUUUUAAAAUGAGAUUUUUUUUCCCCCUGAGGGCUAAGUGAAGGUAUUUUGUGAAAACCAGGGCUUUUUCUAAUGACCAGCAUGUUAGUAAAUUGGAAAUUAUAAUUUAUUCUAGUUUCCCAAGUAGGAAAUGUCCAAAGAGAACAUCUUCCCUUUUUUAGGUUUAACUUCCAGGAAUAAAGUUUAAAGUCUAAGUACCUUAAAUGAAAACAGGAUCUUUCUAUGCCAGAUAGCACUGAGACCAUGAAAUCCUCACAAUAAACUCAUGAAAUCUGGGAAAUAAGUUGGUGUAUACUAAACAUUUCUGGAAAGACUUUAAGUUUCAUUUCCCUCAUCAAUUCCUUUUAAUUGUUCAGCAUAAUAGAUUAGCUUUUAAGACACACACGGAUACUCACACAUGUUAAAUUCUCUUCCUUUUUAUAUAGAAAUAUAUUAUAAUACAGUGUUGAGAUUUUUUAAAAAAUCCAUAAUGACUCUCGUGAUUUUGUGAACUGGAAAGUGAUUUUGGUUACAUGCCGAUGUCUGAAAUACAAUUAUCAGUGCCAAUAAAUUUGGUUUCGAAAUAGAAUUCCAUCUGCAAACACAGGCUUGGCUGUGUGAAGAUUUUUGGUCAUCUCUUCAGUAUUUAAUAUUAACACUUUAGUUCCAAAACUGCUUAAGAAAGAAAGAGCUAGGCAGGUUUUAUUACACAAAUAAACAAAUUGUAUAUUUAGCUCGCAAUGGAUAGGUGUGGACUUGGAUAAUACAAUCUAUUUAGCUCUGAAUUUUUCUUAUUACUUUGGUUUAUUAAGAAUUUGCACCUGUCUCAUGAUAAGGAACCAUAGGUUUUUAAUUAUUUUGAAUAUUCAGUUAUUGUGUGGCUCAUCUGGAAACCAUGAGCAGUGACGGUGAAGUGCCAUUCAGGGGGGAAAAAUGCUUUUCUGUAUCUGUAUGAAGUUUGCCGUAACUAUUUAAAAAUAUUUAAUAUUUAAUUUUAUGAAUGGAAAAUCUUCAAAGCUUUGAUAUAAUAUUGACAAAAAUGAAUAAAAAUGUUUUGAUAAAAGUAUUUAUCCU